CGGAGUCAAUAAUGCGCUCACGCCAGUUUAUUGUCUGUUCUUUGACUUCAUCUCAGACAUUUGGAAUUUCACGGACGAUAUGCUUAUCUUGCUAACAAUACGCUUUCUUUGGACAAAUUUCACCGAUUCUGAAGGACAUAGAAAGUGCACUUUUUCAAAAAUGACCUUGGGCUGAAUGGCUAAGCGUAUCCCGAACAAUCGUUGUAUACGGUCGUUGGAUGAUUCAGAGGAUUUAAUUAGUAGCACGAAUGAUGGAUCACAACCAAUUUCACAGAAUGUUCAGGAUCUGGCCAACGAUAUCUAUAAAGAAUUCGAGUCAUUAAUUAAAUUGUACGGAAACGGCUUCCUUCACAAUUUAAUGCCCUUGGUCAUCCGUGCACUAGAAAACUUAGAUAGCUUGCAUUUAGAGAACUCUGAUCUGCAUAUUAAAUCACUUGUAUUGAGCGAUGAUCACAAGUUGCUUUCCAGUGAGUAUGAAAAGGAGAAAAAAUUAAGGAAAGUUGCUGAAAAUAGACUCUUUCACCUAGAAGAUGACUUAGAGGAGGAACGCAAAAACCAUGAGGAAAAGUGUUUAGCGUUUGAAAGCAACAUUCGUCUGCUCGAAGGCAAAGUAAAGAAUUUGAAUGAGCAAAUUUCACGAUAUGAAGAUCAUGAAUUGGAGAUGAAGAAAGACUAUCAAAGGCUGCACGAUUUAUAUACAAACCUCCUUCGUGCAUAUCUUGAAUAUGUCGAACGUGUUAGGUCAAUGUUUCAUAAAUAUAAACUGGAUCAUCAAUGUCUUCCUCACGCUCCUUACCUCACAGAUAACACUAGCUUUGAAGUCAGUUCACCAACUCAAACAUCUGACCGCAGUACUGGUGCUGAUCAUCUGAAUCGGUUUGGCACCUUGAUGGACUCAGAUGCUUUAGAGACAGAAAGACAAAGAAUUAUGCGCAUGAUAAUGGAAACAACUCCUGAACUUUAUGGUACUGGUGGACUUCUUACCUCUUCUACACUUUCAGAACCAUGUUUCGAUGAGCUGUCACAGGGUGAUUUACCGGAUGACGAUGGGCAUGAUAUGAAAAGUCAUGAUGGAUCUUGUACAGCUUCUCAACCUCAGUGUGGUGAGACACUAGGCAGUGAUUUUGCUGAAUCUGUUGAACUGGAAGUUGAUGGUGAUCUAACCGAUUAUGCUGGUGUACGCAGGGAAGUACAAAAUUUAAUAAAAGAGAAUCAAGAAUUAAUUCAAACAAAGAAUGCUCUUAAAAUUGUUACAAAUGAUCUUAUUGGAAAAAUUGAUGAACUUUCAUGUCAAAAUUUUCAAUUCUCCUCUGAACUGAAUGCUUUGAUUACCAAUCGAGCUAGUAUGCUGUUACGUAUUAAAGAUUUAGAACAAGAAAAUGGUCAGUUGCGUCGAGAAUUUGAAAAUCCUGACCUGUAUGGAAGUUUACCUGAUGAUGAAACAAGCGAUUGUCAAGAUCUUCCACUAUCUAUGCGUGUACGUUUCUCACGUGUAGAAAUGGCACGUGUUCUCCUCGAAAGGAAUCAGUACAAAGAACAACUUUUAGAACUGCAAGAAGCUGUUCAUUUAGCGCAUAAUCUGAAAGCUGAACAAGUAUCAAGACUACAAAAUGGCGGGAAUAAACGUGGACGUAUUAAAGCCUUUUUUGCUAGACUGUUCAAUUCACCUGUUCAAACAACACAACAGAAUUCCAGUAAAUUGUAUACACCACCAUUAGUAUUGCCUAUGAAUAAUAUUCGUCAGUCGUCAACUACUCCUCAUAAUUUUAAUUCUUCUUCAAGGUUGAGUAUUCCAACGGAUUCUACAUCAUCAUUGUUGAGUGAUCGAAGUGAUGCGAAUGUUUCUGUCUCCUUUCAAAAGACAAAGAGUGAAAUUUGUUUAAAUCAAGACUUAGAGAUUCCUAGAACGUCUGUCGGGAUGACAUAUGACAGUUCCUCGUUGAAUAGUUUUUCUAAUACAAAUCACAAUGCAAAUAAAAGUUUGGAUAAUCAUCGCCAGUUGAUUACAUCUUCUGUUGAAUGGUAUUCAUCACCACAUGGAAAUGAAUAUCACCUUGAAAGAAGAAAUCCACAAGUUACGUGUAUCUACCCUUUGAAUAAUUAUCCGGAUAGUAUAGAGUUACGAUGUGCAGCAGUUGCCUAUCCUUGUCAAAGUGAGUCAUCUAUGCCGGCUACAUCAUUGCUGACCACUUCUUCACCGUCACUGGAGGAUAAUAUACAUACAUCGGGUUAUUCUACUAGAAAUAGUAUAAAAUCUAUUGAUGAUAAUGUUGGCAAUACGAUUGGUAAUGACGCCUGCAUAGAUGUAUCUAGACAUAUUGAUGAAGGAUACAAAGAAGAUCAUGAGCAAUUACAACAAAUGAAUAAUGGACUUACACGUAAAUCUCUGAAUAAUUAUUCUGUGGAUAAUACAUGCUCCAAUAACGCCUUAGAGAAGUAUCCAUCAAUGAUGGUUGAUGAUGAUGACUUCCCUGAUAUUCGAUCAAACCUGAUCUGGUUGUGUUCAUUAUCUAUGAAACAAGAUAUAGCAACAUUAAAACCAGUGCCAAACAAUAAUCCUUCUAGUUCAUCAUUUUCAAUUAUGUAUACUUCUUCAGAGUAUUCUGCAAGAAUUAAAAGUUUAAUUACUAUUGUACGCAUGGAUAAUAAUUCUGCAUGUCAGAUAGUUGAUUCAUUUGCUAUUUGUAGUUCAACAGUACUGUGUAUUUGUGCUAUACCAGGUGCAUCUGGAGAAGAUUUCACUUCUCUUAAAGCUACACAAAGUUACUGGGAAAUGUUGCCUAUAGAUACGUUUGACGAUGCAUCAGAUAGUACCCAACCUUCAAAUACUGAAAUAAAUCAAGGAAAUACAUCAUGCUCAACAAAUGAAUCCAGUAUUAUUACAGAAUUUAAAUACCUUGAUUGUGACUCCAAUAAUAAUAAUAAUAACACUCAUAAUGAAAGCACACCUCAAAGAACAGAUAAAGUAGUUGAAGAUACCAAGUAUCAUAAAACAUCAACACCAAUGCCAACAAUCACCAAGGCGUCAUCAUCAUCAUCAACAUCAACCAAUUCACAUCUGUCAAGCAUAAAACAGGCUCUGGAUCAUCUAUCAUCAACACGACGGCUAGUGAAUGCCCUUGGUAUCGUUGGUUCAGUGAAUGAUGUAGAUGAAGUGACUAUGUCGUAUGUAGCGACUAGACGGCGUUUUGUUGUACGUCAUCUAGACUAUGAUGCUGAUAUGAAUGUUACAGCUGCAAGUAAAGACACACUUAGUUACCGAUCCGCCACAACUAUCAGUGAAGAUAUUGACAUGGAUAAUGAUGAUAUUGAGGAUAAUAGUGAUUCUCAGUGUGCUUGCUCAUCUUCUACUCAACCUCAUCGUCAACAUCACUCCACCGAAUGCUAUUCUAAUUCUUCAGAGUUAUCAAAUCAACCCACAAUGUGGUUUGGUUGUCAAAAUGGUGAUUUAUACGUUCAUUCAUGUGUAUCUGAUUGGCGCAAAUGUUUGCAUGCAAUACGCUUGCCUGAUUCAGUAACACAGAUAUGUCAUUUCGCUGGACGUGUAUUUGUCAGUUUAGCCAAUGGUCAAAUAGUUGUGUUUAGACGACAACUUUCCAAUCAAGUGAAGAGGGGUAAUCUAUGUCCAAGUCAUUCAACAUCUAUUCAAUCAUUGAAGACUGUAGCAGCAGCGGCAGCAUCAGUAACCACCACAACAACAACUGUGACGUCGUCUUCUUCAUCAUCUAACUUACCUGAUAAUAUUUCGUCUUCUGCACAAAUUCAUGAUCUUAUUAACAAUUCUGCUGACGACGAUGGUGAUGAUAAUAAUAAUAACAAUAAUGAUGCGGUUAUGGGUUCAUGGGAUUUUACUGAAGCCUGUGUUAUCACAUGUGGUCGACCUCAAUGUUCUGUGAAGUGUACAAUAACUAUACCGCCGACAAAUUCUGUUUGGGCUGCUUAUCGUAAUCGUAUAUUAGUGAUUAAUGCAUUUACACUACAAUUAGUUGAUUGUUUCAAAGUUCAUGCAAUACAAGACUCACAAGUACAAACAAUGACAUGGUAUAAAGAUGGUGUUUGGAUGUCAAUACGACGUGAAUCAAUUCUUCGGUUAUACCAUGUAAUUAGUCAUGAAUUAAUACAAACUGUUGACUUGAAUCAAACAAUUAUGAGUUUAGUAUUAUCUAACUCCAAUAAACCAGAAUACAGUGACAUUUCUUCCAAGGUCAAAUCGCCUUCCUUUGCCGUCACCACACUUAAAGCAAUGAAUGAUCGUUUAUGGAUUGGUACUAGUGUUGGAUUAAUUGUCACAAUUCAUUUCCAAGAUGGUCUGUUCAACAGAACAUUCCAGCGGUCAUCAUCAGGACGUCAGAAAGACUCAAUCAAUUUGUCAAAACGUAUUUGUAAAGCUAUUCUGGAUUGUUCAUUAGUACAGAUAAGUGUACAUCAGCAUACAACGCCGGUGAGAUUUUUUGUUUCACCAACCGUUGUACAACAACAUAAUGAAGAUAGCGCGAAUAUACAGUCCAAUUGUAAAUCGCUCAUGCCUUAUGAAAAAUCAUCUGCGUCUCAGAAAUCAUCUGACCCGCCCACAUCUAAUAAGCAUAAGAAGAAAAUGGAAAGAUCAAGCGUGUUUAUCGUUUCCGGUGCUGAAGGUCACGUGAUUAGUAAUCAAAAAGAUGAUUCAAGAAACAAGUCGAAUAAAGGAUCCACAGAUCAGAAUAGUUUAGAUCAAAGUCAUUUAAUUCUAUGGAAAUUGUAAAUCAUUAUAGCAGCUUUAUCAUUAUUAUCACUAAUAUUAUUACUAUUAUUAUCAAUAACACACCUCCUAUGUGUAAUAUGUACAAAUUUCGCUUUGUAGUAAUAGUUUCAGUAGUAGUAGUAGUAGUAGUACUAGCCCCCUCUUCUUCUUCUUUGUCUUUACUCCACUAUUUAAAGUGUAAGAAUGUACAAUUCAGUCAUCUCUUUAAAACAUAAUAUCCUUUCUUAUAUUUUCCAUUCAUUCGUUCAUUCACAUUCACUGAUUGGAUUGGAUUGGAUUGUAUAAAUCUAGCCGUUGAGAUACUAUUAAUAAAACUACUGAUAAUACUUUGGGACAACCUGACUUUACUUCAAUUACUGUCUUGAUUCUCUCCUCUUCAACUGUGUUAUUUCAACUGAAGAUGAUCACUUGUGUAUAAAGUAUUCUUCUUGUUGAAUGUUUGCCUGACCAUAAAGGCUGACACUCACACACAAAAAUGAUCAUGUUCGCCACAUUUGUAAAUAAUAAUAAUGAUAAUAAUAAUAAUAAUAGUAAUAGUAGUAAUGGUAAUGAAUAUUACCCUUUACUAACUUAUCUUCAUUGUAUUUUCUAGCCUACUCAUUGUUUUUUCUAAAAUAAAUCAGUUAAUAUCACACAAUUUUUAUUUUAUUUAUAGUAAUCAUUUUUGAAACAAAACAAAUAUAAGCUGAAUUCUUUA